AUGGAGGCAACACAAGAAUCCACUCAGCCAUGUGCUGAUCCCCGCCGUAUGGGAUUGCAUAACUCCGGCAUUCAAGAUCAAGAUCUAGCCGACAUCAUCUGUAUCCUUCAUCCAAAUUCGCAUGCCGCCCACGAUGCAGUUGGCGCCACUGGAAGGCUAAGCGCUCAACAUAUCCUCCAGAGAGAUAUGCUGGAAUAUGAAUCGUCUCAUACAGCGUCCCUGGACGUGGCAUUGAGGCUUUCGUCAAGUGUUCAAAAUGUGGGACUCGGGUUCUGCUUUGGUCGGAACCGUGGCCGUUGUGAUGUUCUUCUCGCCGUUGAUGACGAUGCCAAACGAGUGUCCAAUACCCACUUUCGCAUUUAUCUGACUGGCGAUGGCAUUCUCAUGCUCCAAGAUAUCUCGACAAAUGGUACUAUUGUGGACAACUGCCGCCUGCGAAAAUCUCAGAAAGAUAACAGCCGAAUGCUCACGAAUGGGUCUGUUAUUCAGGUUGUCAUCGGAAACCAGAACUGCGACGAAGUUCGUUUCGUGGUCCGAAUUCCAUCGCGGGAAGGUUUUGCCGUGGAUUACCAAAAGAACCUGUUUCGUUAUUUCGAACGAGUUCAAGCACAUGCUCCAGCACACAAAGAUCGAAAGGGCCCACCCCCGUCUGUCUUAACCUGGUCGUCAGCCAAUGCUUAUGGCAUGCACUGGACCGGGGGUGCAAUGUACAAUGUGACCGGACAAAUUGGAAAAGGUGCUUUUGCCACGGUCUACAAGAUUGCGACCAAACAGCACGGCGCCAUCUACGCUGCGAAAGAACUCGAUAAGCGCCGUUUCAUGAAAAAUGGUAUCCUGGAUCAGAAGGUGGAUAAUGAGAUGAAAAUCAUGAGAGAUCUUACCCAUCCGAAUAUUGUCCAAUACAUUGAUUACCAUGAGCAUGACCGAUGGAUUUAUAUCAUCAUGGAGUAUGUUCCAGGCGGUGAGCUCUCCACAUAUCUGCAAACUCAGGGGAGGAUUGCUGAGGAGAUGGUGAGGACGAUCGCACGUCAAGUGUUGCGAGCGCUUCACUAUCUGCAUAAACGUCGAAUCACUCAUCGGGAUAUUAAACCGGACAACAUUUUGAUCGCCUCAUUGGAUCCGCUCCGAAUCAAAGUAUCUGACUUUGGGUUAUCCAAAGUGGUGGAACAGGAAACUUUCUUGAAGACGUUUUGUGGAACGCUUCUGUACUGUGCACCGGAGGUAUAUCCAGAUUAUGAACAAUAUCGUCGUGGCGAGUUCCGAAAGAGGCGCCGCGUCGGAGACCCACCUUCCAAAACCUCUCCAUACAACCAGUCGGUCGAUAUAUGGUCCCUCGGGGCGGUCCUUUUCCACAUCUUGUCCGGCAUUCCACCUUUUACAGGGCGAGCAGAAGAUCGAGGUGCGCAGAUGCUUCGCACCAUUAUGACAAGUGAAGCCGAUUUCGAUGUCUUGCGGCAGGCAGGCGUGUCUGAGUCUGGCAUCGACUUUGUGGCUCAGCUUCUCAACCGGGACCCCCUUUCUCGUCCAACGGAGAAGGAAUGUUUCCAGCACCCCUGGAUCGCGGAGGUUCCUGAUGUCGAUGAAUAUGACGACGAUGAUUUGCUAUCUGAUCACCACAAGGGUCUUUCUGUCAUUGGCGAGGAUGCUGAGGACGAGCUAGACGCUUCACAGUUAUCUAUUGCUGAUAUACCUGGGUUCGAUCAGCCAGCAGAUGAGGAAGAGGGUACCAGCAGUGAGGCAGUUUCCAAGAAGCCACGAAUCGAGCACAUUCCCACGGAUGUACAUUAUCCCAGCCUUCCAAAAAUUGAGAGUUUCCAAGAUGGUCAAGCGGUGUUGGAAACUCAUGCCAGACGUUUGUUUGGCGAGAUAUCCGCCUCAGCCUUGCAAAGCUCCCACGCGUUGGGCGACAUGAAUGCCUACGACGUCGAAGAUUUUCAGUUUGACUUUAUCUCUUCCGGUGAGUCAAUGAUGAGCGAAGAUCCAAACGAAUCGAUCAUUUCCCUCCCGGCGGUACCCUUCGGUGGCACUGCGCCUAGUUUGAUGGGCGCGGAAAAACUCGUUGGAGAGCUCAACAUGAAUUCCUUGCACCCCACCAUGCAACCCAAGCGCGGCCCGGUUAACAGAUCACCCUUGCGGCAGACAAGUCCAGGAACCAGCAAGGAGACAAUGCCUAGUGCCAUCAACCAGGACUCUGCUCCACCCACUUCAAGUCACAAGCAACAACCGCCUUCUAGCCCCCAAGAGCCUACACCAAAAGCGAGAUACACCCGUCGAAUAGACCUUGCACUUCCCGACACGGCCAGCGAGGCAUCUAGCGACACGAGCGCCCACACAAGCCAACAUGAAACUCGACACCAUGAUCUCACCUACAAUCCUAAAUCCGAAUACGAUCUCGAGUUUGCUACAACCCUUGAUGCUCAGACAGGCCAGGCCAUCCUGGAUCGGCUCCGUGCCGAAGAAUCGGAUUCAUCGGAGCCGAUCGUUCAUCGACCUCAUCCCCCUUCCAUUUCUUCCACGCCGCCUCAUCCCGAUUUCGCCAAACCACCAAAAAGAUACGGAAAAUUGAAGAGUCUUCCCGGUUCAAUCUUCGACUUGACAAUCUACCUUGAGGACCGACUGACCUCAUGGGGUCGAGGGCCCUCGGCGACCGUCAAGCACGCCGAUCGCAUGGAUACAAGAAUCCCCGCCUAUGCUCUGGAGGUCACAUUCUGGGCACCAGGAAUCGAGGCUAGAAUUGCAGCGGGUGAGAAUUGGCUUGAUAUGCCAGGUGUGAUGGCAAUCCUCUCCACAAAGGCACGUCUUGGCAUUUGGGUUAAUGACACCCUGCUCCGCCGCGGCUCUAUUACAGAUGAUGGCCCCGAGGCUCUACAGUUCGGGAAGCUCUAUACGGGUGACAUCAUCACCGUGUACCAAAACAAAGAGAGAACCAAGUUCCUCAAACUACAAUGCGAAUUCACACACGGCGAGAGUGCCCAGGCUCGGCCCGCGCAUGAAGACGGAUUCGUGGUGCGGCAGGCCCUCAUGGCCAGGGCCGACGGGGCGGCAAACCGGAUGCCGGUUCGGGCCCAAUCCAAGGAUCGGAAUUAG